AAUACAUUAUUUUAACCAUGGAUAAUGAAACUCAAAAAUUAGGUUCGGAUAAGGCAAUUAAUGACAUAUUAGAUAUUAAGGAACAACAAAUGAAGCGUAUAUGUAUAGUUGGAUCUUUAGUUGACGAUCAAAACACUCGAAAAGUCGCUGAAUCCUUUAAUGUGCCGAUUAUUACUUCUGAAACUGGACUUGAGUAUUUAACAGACAACAAAAUAGUCACUUACUUUAUUUUAGAGGACUUUGAAGGACCAAUUUUCGAAACAAUCUCAAAGUCGAAGCAUAAAAUAUUAGGACCGCUGGCACUUGUUGAAUGUGAGAAAAAUGGAUGUGAAUUGCCGACCCACAAUAGACCAGUAUUUAAUUAUAGCAUGAAAGGAGUUGUGGCUGCAUUUUCAGGCGUCAGAAAACGAGAUGAGCUAACGGAAUUAGUUCAUCUUAUACAUUUUAUGGGAGGAUCAAUUAGGAAGGAAAUGAAUCAUCGUGCAACUCACUUGAUUUGUCCACAAGCUUUCGGUGAUAAAUACAGAUAUGCAUUAACAUUUAGAUUGAAUGUAGUAAGACCGUCAUGGGUAUCUGAUGCUUGGAUUAAACGUCAUGAAGUUGGAUUUUCAGCUAGAGCUGAGAAAUUCGCUAUUGAUCAUCGAUUAAAGAUCUUUGAGAAUUGUCGAGUUGCUUUUAUUGGAUUUCCAGAACACGAGAGAGUAAAUAUGUCCAAUUUAUUGCGAUCAUACAAUGGAGUUGAAACAACGAGUGACGACGACACGUGUACACAUAAAAUUAUUGCUGAUUGUCCAAUUUUCACGAAUGAAUGUGGGAAUGAAAGUUUAGAUAAUAGCUUAUUGGACGAUACAGAUUGCAUUGGAAAGCAAUUAAAUCAGCAGCAAAUAAAUGAGACAAUUAAUGACUUGCCAACAUUACAUGAAGAAGACGAAAAUACUAAAUCACAGCAUUUAUCAGAUUGUAAGGAACUCGAUGAGACUGAUUAUCAAGGAAAUAAGAAAGACGGAGUGAUAUUAAAGAAGGAACAAAAUAAAGAAUUUUCAAAUUUGACACAAAUCUCGCCGAUUCCAAAAGAAUCGAUUCAAGAGAAUGUCGAAAGGACAGCAACAAAACGUCAAAGGAUUGAAGAAGAUGUUUUUGAUAAUAUAUCAAUUGACUCAACAUCCAUUUCGUUGUCCACUAAGAAGCCUAAACUAAUGAGAACUGCAUCAUUGACUAAAAAUUUACGUAAAAGCUUAAGUUUUGGAAUCAUGAAGACGCCAAUCAAUAAUAUGUUUGGAAAAUCACGUAGAAAUUCUGUUGAUCAAGAUAUUUCUGCAUCAGCUUCGAUGAUAAGCAUGGAAAGUACGUUUAAUGAAACCAUCACAAAACCAAUUAAAGAGAAAUUCCGUCGCAUGCGAGAUAAAGCUUCGAGAAUGAUGAAACGAGAUCACGACACGCCAAAAAGUCUCAAAAAAGAUCGAUCAUUUCAUUUUGGAACAGACACAGCUAAUGAGUCGAUCAAGAGUUCUUAUUUUAUGAAUAUGUCAGUAUCAGGUCAUAUUAUGAAGACACCAGAAAAAGGACAAAUGUCAGCAGAGCCUAAAACACCUAGAUUUCUGUCAGACUUUCAAAUUCCUAAAGAUAAAAAUUUUGCAUACGAUAUGUCCGAGAAGAAUACGGUAGUUGACGAUGAACAAGGAAAAUGUAUGAAUUUAGAGGAUACAAAGUUUUUUGUCUUAAAAGCAGAAUGGUUUUGGACACGUAUUGCUGAAGGAUAUGCACCUGAGGAUGAUUUUCUGUUUAAAGAUUAUAUGAAAAGUAUUAAAGACGAGCAUUGUUCUGAACGUCGUGAUUCACUUAUUAAUAGUAGCUCGAAAGUACAGAGGAAGCGUAAACGUUUAUCAAGGGUUGUAUUAGAGAGCACGCCAGGCAGUGCUAAUAAACGAAAAUCUUCGACAUCUGAUGCUGGAAUUUUAUCAGAUAGCUUGAUUGAUUAUACAGCAAGUCCUGAUAAGAGUGAUUGUGGAAAAUUAAAUGAAAAUAUAUCCACAGAACAAUCAUGCAAGAAAUACUCAAUGAGAAGGAACCAUUUUAUGGAUUUUUAUCAUACAGAAUCAAAUUAUGUUGGAAUAUUGGAAACAAUCAUGAACUUGUUCAAGAAUCCACUGGAAAAAAUGGCAGAUGAGAAUCUAGAUCAUGCUGAUUUAUUAAACAAAUCGGAACUGAAAUCAAUCUUUGGUAACUUCUUUCCAAUUUAUGAGAUCCAUAAGAAAAUGCUUACAAGAAUUCAACAAAUUAAUUCGAAUUGGACAGAAGAUUGUUUAAUCGGUGAGAUAUUAAUGGAGAAUCGUGAUCGUUUGUUAAAGGCAUAUCCACCAUACAUAAAUUUUUUCGAGCAAAUGAAGGCAACAGUUAUUCAAUGUGCACAAAAUAAGCCGCGCUUCCAAGCAUUUUUAAAGAUUAAUCAAUCAAAGCCUGAAUGUGGUCGACAAACAUUACAAGAGCUUAUGAUACGUCCAGUACAACGAUUGCCAAGUAUUAGUUUGCUUCUAAAUGACAUUCUUAAGCAUACACCCAAGACCAAUCCAGAUCAUGCAUCGCUCGUUGAAGCUCUAAAAUCAAUUAAGGAAGUUAUGACAUAUAUCAAUGAAGACAAGAGAAGAACAGAAAGUCAGAAGCAAAUGUUUGAUAUAUUUAAUGAUAUUGAAGGAUGUCCAGCUAUGCUUGUGUCUUCUCAUCGCUCACUCAUCUCAAAAUGUGAAGUCGUUGAACUUGAAGCAUCUGAUAUUCUUAGUGGACGUGGAGAUCACUUGAUAUUAUUCUUGUUUUCGGAUACGCUGGAAAUUUGCAAGAAACGAUCAAAGGCAAAUAAUCUGUCGAAAUCACCAAACAGCACAUAUACUGGGAAACAUAACGGUCCAAAGCCAUACAAACAUAUCAAACUAAUUCCAUUAUCAUUAAUUCGAACGGUUGCUGACAUAUCUGAUAGUAUGAGAGGUUUUGCACUUUCAUAUCGCAGCAGUGCUAAUAUCCAUGAUUCUAGUAAAGACAAAAUUUGUGCUUUUAAUAUCGCUGACGAAGAAAUUGAAAAGACAAUGUAUAUUAAAAACUUUUGCAAGCAAAUGGCUGAAAAUGCAUGUAAAACAGACUCCAAUGAGUUUCGCGUAACCGUGACGAGUGAUGAAGUCAAUAUUGACACAUCGGAAGUAAAUUUAGGAACUCUAUCGAAAGCUUUUAGACUAGCGACUCGGACAAAACUUAAAGUCGGACGAGCAUUUUCUUUUAACAAAACACCAUCACGCAAAAGAAAUGUCCCUUUAUCUCCAUUUGGAAGUAACAUUUCUCUCACGCCAACAAUAUCCAAUAUGCAUCAACUGAAGCUACAAUCAUCUCUUAAUUUGAAUGAUAUCGUGCCGCUAUCAGAACAAAAUAUGAGACGAAACCAAAACUCGAUGGAUUGUGAAGAGUCGUAAAACAACUUGUUAAGAACAAAAAGAAAACAAAAUCUCAAUUUUUAAAGAUUAAUUGAAAGAUAUUUGUUAAUCCAUAAGAUUAAAACAAUCAAAUGCUGCCUAAUCAAUGUAUGUAUUAUUGAAAGAUUUAUAUAUCCAAUUGCCUGUAUUGUGAAGAUGUUGUCUAAAAGAAACUUGUAAAAAGAAUCGAGAGAGGAAAUAUAUAUUUAAUAACGAACCAUAUUUUAUAUUCUAUCUGUAAUAUAAGAAAAGCAUUAAUAAAUUAACUUUUAAGAUCAAG